AUGACAUCGACUGAUACAAAUCACGCCGAUCCCCCAGGCUUCAAGGAUCCACCUACCUACGAUGCUAACAGCAAGAAAUCCAAGGUGGUUGCUGAAACUGAAGUCGCGAGUGACGACGAAUCCGCCAAGCCUGUGGUUCCCAUGGCCACGCUUGCUGAGGUUUUCAGCUUUGCGGAAAAGACUUCCACCAAGAUUUACAUUGCGCUCGGUAUUUUCUUUGCAAUUAUCUCUGGAUUGGCUCUUCCUGCUUCCAUCUUUUACUUUGCUGAUGUCAUGGGAGACAUUUCCGCACUAGCGGAAGAAGGUCUUGAUCCCAUUAUUGGUGUAGCUUAUGUUAUGAUGGUCUUAGGAUGCAUUUCUUUGGUUUGUGAGACUAUGCAAUCUGCAUUCAUGACGACGGCUGCUAAUGAAAUGACACUCAACCUCAAAUUGAAAUGGUUCGAAGCUGUCGUCCGUCAAGACAUGUCCUACUUUGAUCUUCAAGAUAUUUCGGGUACUUCCACCAUUAUCAGCACCAAUGGCGCCCGAUUCAACAAGGGUAUUUCUCGAAAAUUGGCCAGUGGAAUUCAAUUCACAGUGACAGUUCUUGCCGGGUUUGGAUUGGCCUUUUGGGGAUCCUGGCAAGUCACUCUAGCCGUCAUUGCGACAGUUCCCGUCAUGGCUGCCUCUACCAACUGGGUGCUCAAGUUGAAUCAAACCAAGACGAGCCGUGAUUCUGCUGCGUAUGCCAAGGCUGGAGCCGUGGUAUACUCUACCGUCAGUAAUAUUCGUACCGUGUUGGCACUCAACGCGGGAGAAGAAAUGAUUGAAAGGUUUUCCGCAUCGACCCAAGAAGCCUACGAUGGAGCUGUUUCUCAACUCGUUUGGAUUGGUCUCGCCAAUGGAGGUCUCAUGGCCAGUUUCAACUUGGCCUAUGUUGUGGUUGUUGGUUUUGGAGCCUAUCUGCUCUACGACGGAGUCAGAACAGAUGGUUGCGAUCCUUCUGGUGCUGUCCAUACCGAGUGUGAACCCAAGGGAGCUGACGUUUUUAUGGCCUUGAUGGGAGUCAUCUUUGCCGGAGCCACCAUUCCCCAAGUUUCCACUGCCAUUGAAUCCUUUGCUGGAACACGUGCCGCUUGUUUCCCUGCCAUUCAAGCGAUGAGUCGCCAAUCCUAUACUGGAGACGAAGUUAGGGAUACCCACAUUAUGGAACAAGCGGAAUCCAUUCAACGCAGAUCCAAGGGAGAACCACUGCCCGAAUACAAGAUUGAUGUGUCGUCUCCACUCGGGCUCACACCAGAGACUGUUUCUGGGACUAUCAAGUUCAGCGGCGUGAACUUUGUCUAUCCAACCCGUAAAGAUACUCAAGUCUUUAAAGACUUUUCUUUGACCAUCCCUGCUGGAAAGACUGUUGCUCUGGUUGGUCCUUCUGGAUCUGGUAAAUCGACAUCCAUUCAACUUAUUGAACGUUUCUACGAUCCUACAUCUGGUACCAUCACUUUGGAUGGGAAUAACUUGAAGGAUUUGAAUGUCGAGUGGCUUCGUUCGCACAUUGGACUUGUUUCGCAAGAACCCAAGCUCUUUGCUACUUCGAUCCGCAAGAACAUUGCGGUUGCCAAGCCCGAUGCUACUCAAGAAGAGAUUGAAGAAGCUGCUCGUCGUGCCAAUGCCCACGACUUUAUUGUUUCGUUGCAACAUGGAUAUGAUACGGAUGUCGGUGAUGCUGGUGCUCAAUUAUCGGGUGGACAAAAGCAGCGCAUUGCUAUUGCUCGAACUCUUAUUACCCAACCAAAGAUUAUCCUACUUGAUGAAGCUACCUCUGCUCUUGACUCUGAAUCCGAAGCCACUGUCCAAGAAGCAUUGGAUACCGUCAUGGCCGCAGGAAACGCUACGAUUGUUGUCAUCGCCCACCGUUUGUCUACCAUUCGUAACGCCGAUAUCAUUGCUGUUGUCGACAAGGGCAAGGUUUACGAAACUGGCACUCACGACGAAUUGUUGAAGAAGAAGGGCAAAUACUUUGAUCUGGUCCAGGCUCAAAAAGGAAAGUUGGGUCGUCAAUCUUCUUCCACCAUUUCAGAUGAAUCGAUGUCCAGAUCUGGUAGUGAAACCAGCUUGGAGAACAUGGAGGAGGCCUUGACAAAAGAGGCGACUGGAGUCAUCGCGGCCAACCACAUCGACUUUGCCUACCCUUCCAGACCUGACAAUAAGAUUUUCAAAGAUUUGAUCAUUGGAGUUGAUGAAGGUCAAACGUUGGCCUUUGUCGGACCUUCUGGACAAGGAAAGUCCACCAUUAUUCAGCUGAUCGAGCAAUUCUACAACCCACACAAUGGUAUUGUUUCUUACAAUGGAGAUGACUUGAAGGACCUCAACACCCGCUGGUACCGCAACGAAGUUGGUCUUGUUUCCCAAGAACCCACUUUGUUCGACACUACUAUUGCCGAGAACAUCAAGUUUGGUAUGCGCGAGGCCAGUCAAGCCGACAUCGAGGAAGCUGCCAAGAAAGCCAACGCCCACAGCUUUAUCAUGAAGUUCCCCGAUGGUUAUGACACCCAAGUCGGUAACGCUGGGUCUUCCCAAAUCAGUGGAGGACAAAAGCAACGCAUUGCUAUUGCCAGGGCUCUUCUUCGCAAGCCAAAGGUACUCUUGCUCGAUGAAGCUACAAGUGCUCUUGAUACCGAAUCCGAAAAGGUCGUCCAAGACGCUUUGGACAAGAUUAUGGAAAACAAGAAGCUGAUCACCAUUGUCAUUGCCCAUCGUUUGUCUACCAUCCGCGGAGCUGACAAGAUUGCUUACAUUUCUCACGGACGAGUUCGCGAAGUCGGCACCUACGAAGAAUUGAUGGCCAAGCCCCAUGGUCAUUACAAGCGUCUUGAACGACUUCAAUCCAUGGACGAAGUGGAAGACCGUGCCUCGAUUCUUCAAAACAAGUCGAACGCCAUCACAGCAGACAAGAAAGAGGAGAAGAAACAGAAGGCGGUUAAGUCCGAAGAAGAGGAAGAAGCCGACGAGAAGGCCAAAAAGGAAUCCGAGAAGGCCAAGGCCAAGGAAAACCAAAAGCGUGCAAGAAGUCUUGCGAAGGACGAGAUGCCCUUGUUCAUUAUUGGAAGUAUCGGAGCUGCCUUGCACGGUCUUAUUUUCCCCGGUCAAGGUUUUGUCUUUGCAUACAUGAUUGAAUGUUUCUACCAAUACACUCUUCCCUGUAACGAUGAUCCAAACAACGGUACUGUCUUUGUUCCUGACAACUUCCCAACGUGCCAAGAAUACUGGGAUGCGAUUGCGGACAACAUGCAAUCGCUUUCGUUCAACAUUAUCUGGCUGUUGAUUGGUCUUAUCUGCUGUACCUUGAUUGGUUGUGUCAUUAUGUACAAAGCAUUCGGAAUGGCCACUGAGAGAAUCAACAAGCGUGUGCGGGAUGAAACCUUCAAAGCUUUGGUCCGUCAAGAAGUUGCUUGGUUUGACGUUCGUUCUGUCGGUGAAGUCACUUCGCAAUUGUCUGACGAUGCCGCCAUGAUCCAUUCCUUCUCUGGAGAACCUAUCCGUACCUUUGUCAUGACAAUUGCAAGUGUCGGAGUUGGUCUCGUCACUUCCUUUGUGUUUAUGUGGGAAUUUGCCUUUAUCGCUUUGGGUAUUUUGCCAUUCAUGGCCUUUGGAGAAUACGUCCAAAAUCAACAAUUGAUUGGAGAAGACCAAGGAGACGAAGACAAAAAGGCUGUCGAAGGUAGCGAGGGUGCUAUUCUGGUCGAGACCUUGUUGAACAUUCGUACCGUUGCCGCCCUUUGCAUGGAAAACAAGCGUAUUAAUUCCUAUUCCAAUGCUCUUCACGAAAAGAACAAGAGAAACACCUUGCCCCGCAACACCAUCAAGGGAGCAGGUCAAGGUUUGGGUUCCUUUUUCCAAAUGUGGGGAUAUGCUCUUAUGUUUUACUCCGGGUCUUGGUUGUUGAUGAACCGUGGUUACACCAUGAGAGAUUAUUUGAUUUCGCUCUUUGCACUGAUGCUGUCCUUGACUGGACUGGCCACUGCCAUGGCUGGACUCACCGAUGCCAAGAAGGCCGAAGAAGCUGCCGGACGCAUCUUUGAAUUGAUUGAUCGCAAGACGGAGAUUGAUCCCUUGAGUGACGAGGGCAAGAUCCAAUAA